UGCUGCUGCUGCUGUUGCCGCCGUCGCCGCCUCUGCUGCUGCCACUGUGGCUGCUGCUUCUCUCUCCUGCUUCUACCAACCCACUCUGAAUCAGCUCCCUUUUCACGACUGCUAUUGCUGCAGUCUCUGUCUCUCUUUCUCUCUCUCCUUAGCGCUCCAAGUUUCCUAUCUCCAGCCUCCUUCUUUCAGGAUCAGGGCAAAGGGAGGAAACAUCAGGUCCUGUUUGCUGCUUCAGUUAUGAAGAAAAAACUGUCAGACUUCACUAUGCAGUUGGUCUUUCUUGUUUUCUUAGUGUGGGCACCAGCAAGGUUGGUGCUGGCUGACCCUCAAGAAGAUGAAGCUAAGAAUAACAUUACCAUCUUUACAAGAAUUCUAGACAGACUUCUUGAUGGUUAUGAUAAUCGUCUUAGACCAGGAUUGGGAGACAGCAUUACUGAAGUCUUCACUAAUAUCUACGUGACCAGUUUUGGACCUGUCUCAGACACAGAUAUGGAAUACACAAUAGAUGUUUUCUUCCGUCAAAAAUGGAAAGACGAAAGGUUGAAAUUUAAAGGUCCCAUGAACAUCCUCCGACUGAAUAACCUAAUGGCCAGCAAAAUCUGGACUCCUGACACUUUCUUUCACAAUGGAAAGAAGUCUGUGGCUCAUAACAUGACAAUGCCAAACAAGCUUCUACGCAUUCAGGAUGAUGGCACUUUGCUAUACACAAUGAGGCUUACUGUGCAAGCUGAAUGUCCAAUGCACUUGGAAGACUUUCCAAUGGAUGCUCAUUCAUGUCCUUUGAAAUUUGGCAGCUAUGCAUACACAACCUCAGAAGUCACCUAUAUUUGGACUUAUAACGCAUCUGAUUCAGUUCAGGUUGCUCCAGAUGGGUCCAGAUUAAAUCAGUAUGAUCUCCUAGGCCAAACAAUUGGAAAGGAGACAAUUAAAUCUAGUACAGGUGAAUAUACAGUUAUGACAGCACAUUUCCACUUGAAAAGAAAAAUUGGCUAUUUUGUCAUUCAGACCUACCUACCUUGUAUCAUGACAGUCAUUCUCUCCCAAGUAUCAUUCUGGCUAAAUAGAGAAUCGGUACCUGCAAGGACUGUCUUUGGAGUGACAACUGUUCUGACAAUGACAACCUUGAGCAUAAGUGCUCGAAACUCCCUCCCCAAAGUAGCUUAUGCAACCGCUAUGGACUGGUUCAUCGCUGUGUGCUAUGCAUUUGUCUUUUCUGCCUUGAUUGAAUUUGCCACAGUCAAUUACUUCACAAAAAGAGGUUGGGCAUGGGAUGGAAAGAGUGUAGUCAAUGACAAGAAAAAAGAGAAGGCAUCUGUCAUGAAGAAGAAUAAUGCUUAUGCCGUGGCUGUGGCCAAUUAUGCUCCAAAUAUUACCAAGGACCCAGUUCUUUCCACCAUCUCCAAGAGUGCCACCACAGCAGAAACCAACAAGAAACCAGAGGGAAAGCCGGCAGAAGCGAAGAAAACAUUCAACAGUGUUAGCAAGAUUGACAGAAUGUCUAGAAUAGUUUUCCCAGUGUUAUUUGGUACUUUUAAUCUAGUGUACUGGGCAACAUAUCUAAACAGGGAGCCUGUGCUUUUAGGGUUUGCUCCAUCAACCUAGAACUCCCACCUAGUAUGGAUACCGCAAAAUGAAGAUCUGCUAGGUUGUUUUGUUAUGUACAGUCCGACUAAUAACUGCUAAUUUGUGAACCAAUAUGUACAGAAUGUAUAUAGAAAUCUAUCUUAUCAGUAAGUCUCCAAAGGAGGCCCACAUUUGCUAAUUCAUGGGAUCUGUAAGCAGAUAGUACCCAUGCCAACUGAGCCAUUGCUUUUACAAAGGUGUACCGAGAAAAGUUAGUUUGAAGUCAAUUUCAGGUAUGCUGAGUAUGACCUCUAUUUACCAUAGAAAUGAAAAUGGGAGUCCUACACAACACUUCUGGAACACUUUUGUUUUAGUUAGAUGUUAGGAUUUUUCUCUAUUCAUGUCUAAUUUUACAAUAACGGAUGAAGUUAUCAUUAAAAGGAUGAGUUGUUUUUGUUUUUGUUUUUUAACAGCAGGGUUUGUUCUCUGCAAACUUAAUACUUUCUCUGAGUGCUCAGAAUCCUUUCUGAUGUAUUAGGGAGUUUGGUGCACAUAAGAAGAAUGCUAGGAAGCAAGAUUCAGCCUCUAAUUAUUCUGUACAGUUUAUUUAUUCAUGUACAUAUUACAGUAUGGUGACCUCAAACUUUAGAUGAUUCACAACCUGACAGGAUGUUAAUUAUGCUUAGAAUUGAAUAACUGUUGGAAUGCCAUAGUCAUUAUUUUCUUACCUUCAGACCUUAUUGGAAAGUUAUCAAUGAAGCAGUCAUUGAAACCCUGCAAAUUAUUUUUGUCAGCCACAGACAAUUUAAAUUCUUAGUGUCUCCAUUUCACAAAAGAAAGUGUCUUACUCUUUCAAGUGUCUAUUGUUUUGAGAUCGAUCAGCCAAAUUGCCUUGGUUUGGAGACAGGAAAAAUUCAUUUCAAACUUUGAAGGGUGUUGAGCAAUGCUGACAUUCCCACUCCUCAGAAACUGAUCAGAGCUUUUGUGUCCUGGAGAAGAGAUAUAAAAACUGUAAGAUACUCACUGUUCCUGUUUACUAAUACAGAAAAUUCUGCCUUAAGGCUUCUCUCUUCAUCAUUUUGGGAAAGCCACUGAUUCUGAAGGAAGAGGCAGUUAAAGUGGCACUUUUUCUCUAUCCUAAAAGCAGCUCUCUCAGAUAAGAUUUAAUGUAAAUCUGCUUUUGUAAAUUGCGACUUUACAUUUUGCUGACAUAACUUUACAAUGGCUUUGUAUACCAGAAAAGGUUUUGGUAAGAGUUGAACAUUUUUUUACUUAAACUUUAAAGCAUUACUGGCACUUAUUGACUAUUUCACACACACACACACACACACACACACACACACCUCACACACAAAUAGCAAGAUUAGAAGCUGUUUUCAAUUUUAUAUCGAUGUUGAAUAAGAGUGAUAAAUUUUUGUUUUUGUUUUUCAUUUGACUGUUUUGAAAAUAUCCUUUAUGCCCUGAGACAGCUUUUAAAAAAAUGUAAUGAUUGUGUCUGAUCCCUAGCUUCCAGGCUUCUGGACACUCUAAAAGCCCUUUUGAUUCACACAUAUAUUAGCAGUUAUUAGUUGACCUUUACCAAGAGAUCACCUUUAUGAUGAUGUCUUUGUAGAAACAUGUAGUCGUACAGUGUCAUUUCUUGCAGUUUUGUACAGUAUUUGAGUCUAGUGCAUAAAAUAGGUAUGUUUAAAAAUCAAUAAAAGGAAUAUCUUCUGAU